AUGGCCCUGUCUUUUGUCCCCACCAGUGUCACCUGUGAAGCCAACCAAAGAAUGGGAUCUUUUGCAUACUUGCUUGCCUUCCUGCUCAGUUUCCUGAUUUCAGGCCCCUUUGAGGGAGCUAAGGCAGAUACAUGUGCCAGGGAGUGGCUGCAAUACCAGGGCAACUGUUAUGGAUAUUUUGAGCAGAAGAUGACAUGGGAAGAAGCUGAGAUUGAUUGCCAGAGUUACCACCGAGGGGCACAUCUUGCCUCCAUUCUCACUGUCUCUGAGGCUCUUGUAGCCGCCAAUCAUAUCGCUGCUUACCAGAUUGAACCCAGCAACGUAUGGAUUGGACUGCAUGACAUCCGACAUAAUGGAAAGUGGAGAUGGUCAGAUGAGUCUACUUACAAUUACAAAGCAUGGAUGACUGGCAGGCCAGACAACUAUGGAAAAAAUGAAUACUGUGUUGAGCUGAUUUUUUUUUCUUUUUUCCGUACAGGUUUCACAAAAUGGAAUGAUGCCCCAUGCCAAAGACUGAAUGGCUACAUCUGCAAACAUGAACUAUAG